ACCUCCCCUUGUCUUUGAUAAGAGAGGUGGGAUAACAAAACAGAGAUGUAUGCUGUCUCCAAGGACACAGUUCAGUUUACUCUUCUACUGGUGGACUUUGGUCACCUGCCACAACAGAAGCUUGCCAGUACAGGUGUAACUGAAAUAUUCCAUUAGCGAUGGCACAGGUAAAACCAAUAGCUCUGAUGCUGGCCAUUUUUACAGGCUGUGUUUCCCAAGGGCCGGACAUGUCCAUUCCUCUUCACUUGCCAAGCCAGUGCAACAAAGAGCAGUUCUUCAAUUCGGCAUCGCUGAUAUGUGAAGCCUGUGGAGAGAAUCAGCACAGAACCCCAAGUGGUCUAGCUUGUACUUGUGAUGAUGGUUUUACUAUGAUAGACCUGGGCAAUCCUGUGGUGCAGUGCUCUCCAUGUAAUGGCACAGUGUCAAAUGACAAGCGGAGAUGCCUGAGGUGUGCCGAGGGAGACUGCCAGUGUGGAGCCGGCCAAACCCGUGUUGAGAGCCUGACUACCCUGACGGCUUCCUGUUUCACUUGUUCCCCUGACACGCUUGGAAUUCCUGCGAGUCCCAUAUGUGGCCUGUGUCAAGAGUCAUUCUACACUGUUACUGGCUCAUGUCAUUGUCCUGAUGCUCAGCUAACAGGUGAAGUCUGUUUUACCUCAACCGCUGCUGCCAGUGUAUCGGGAAGUCUACCACAGGACUCAGUCUGGUUUAAGACCUACUUAGACUCCAGCCUUUUGGGAUGUAUGAAUUACAACAACCUCACUGCUUGCCAGCUUCUGGCCAACAUGGUAACACUGGAUGCUAGAAGAGCUGACUCCAAAGCUGUCAAUCUGUAUCAGCUUGCUGCUUCACUGCAGCCACCACUUCCUUUCCUGCCAGGACUAUACCAAAGAACUGAAACACCAACGUUUCCAAGAGGACUCACAUUCAGUAGCAACGAAAAGCUGCCUUUGAUGCUUGCAAGCUACAAUGCCAGCGGAGGAUUCCUUGGUUGGGAGGAUGUAACGGGUGGAAUCCUACAGCUUUGCCCAGACACCCAGCCAAGACUGAACGCAGUUUAUCUCUUUGGAGCAACCUAUCAACAUUCUUGCUCCAUCUCUGUUCAGGAGCUUCUCACCAAGUACCCUAAACCAGUUUUUCAUCAACUGUUUCUUCGACACCAUGACAACGACGGAACAGUAAUGGUGUGGCCAAUCCCCAUUCAAAGUCAAAUUUCAGAGUCCAGAACCUCAGUCCAUAGUGUGCAGAGGUUCUUCCUGGUGGAUGGACUCACAGGCAGAGCAGACAGCUUGAUGUCACCACCCAGAUCCGUUCACUACCUCAGCUCUCUCAUGUUCAGUGUGCAUAUCCCGACCAGCAGCCCGGGAGCCAAACCGCCUCUCCAGGUCAGCCUUCAGUACAGGACAGCCAGAGUGGCAGACGAGGCCAGAGUCCAGGUGUCGUUUGCUGUGACGUACAGCAUGGAUGAGGUCUCCAUGCAUUUAGCCACCACUAUCUCAGUGGCAGUGCUGAGUGUUGUGGCCCUCCUGGUGACGCUGGUGGAGACAAGCAGCUGGAGUCGGAGAUCAGGACAGCAGACACUCAACUUCACAACAUUGAUGAAGUUCCUGGCCUUUUUGAGUGGCAAUCUGGCAAACACUUUCUUCCUUGUUACCUUUGGGACUGGUGUUUUCUGGCUUGUGGCUUAUAAGGCCCAGCGUUCCAUUGUUACCACAACGCUGCCCUCUCCUGGUGGUAACAUAGAAACUUAUUUUAAAAGCUACGUGUCUCUGGCCUUCAUUCUCAAAGCUCUGCAACUCCUUCACCUGCUGGUGGUGCAACUGUCUAUUGAUAUCUUCCUCAUUGACUGGGAGAGACCUCAGAAUAAACCAAGAGGCUUAGGACCUUCACCCUCUGGUCCAGUGGCCUCCGCUGCUCCCUCUGCCUGGAGGCGCCUCCUGGUGGCCAACGAGUGGAAUGAGCUGCAGGCGAUGCGAAGGAUCAGCCCAGUGUUCCAGCUGCUCGCUGCUCUGCUGCUCCUGCAGGUUGUGGGUCUGGUGAACUUGGCCACCAGUGACCUCCAGCUGAACCUGCAGCUUGGAGGAGAUGGCCACUCGUCCCCCUCCAGCCUCAUCCUUAGACAUGGCAUCAUCACCUCAGUGUGGCUGGGACUGGGCCUGCUCCAGGUGCUGAUGUAUCACCUGUUCUAUGAGCGGUGUGUGGAGGACAAAGUUCGUCAGUUUGUGGACCUUUGCUCAAUCAGUAAUGUGUCUGUGCUUGUUCUCAUGCAUCGUUGCUAUGGAUAUUACAUACAUGGUCGGUCAGUCCAUGGAUAUGCAGAUGUCAGCAUCGAGACUUUAAGAAAUAACCUUAGGAAUGAGGAGGAGGACCGCUGUGCCCGACGCGGUUUGGAGCCUCACUCUGACACCCAGGUGUUUGAGGUGGCGCUGACAGAGCGCUUUCGGCAGCUGCUCGACACAGUCUCCCUGCCUCUAGCUGAACUCAACCAGAGGAGGAGACAUGGCGAGGGAGCAGAGAGACAGACCCAGACGGCCACAGUCACCCACAACUUGAACACUCUCCUCUCCUUAUUCCUUCAGCAUUCCCUGAAGGACAUGGACUAUAUUGUGAAAGAUAAAUUGUCACUGGAAAGGAUUAUGAAGUAUGAGUUUCAGCCGCCAGCUGAGAGGAGUGUGUUUUACAGAGACCCAGAUGGUGUGGUCUUUGGUGAGGUGCUCUACUACGGUAAAGAACUGCUGCUUUUGAUCUUUGACACCCUGCUCUUCAGUGUCAUAGAUCUGGCCUGCCAGGACUUGGUGUUGGCAGCUGUGCUCACUUACACUGUGCAACAGGGACUGGAUAUCAUGCGGUUUCAUGUGUCUAGACGCAAUUUGUCUUCCAAGACCCUGGUGGAUCAGUGUUUUCUUAUUUGAGGGCUGCAGAACAAAGAGACUCAGGUCUACACUGUGCCAUGGUCAGGUUGCAUUGUCUGUGUUAAGUGUUAAUAUGUGAAGUGUUGAUAAUAAUCAGCAUUGAAAAGUAAAUUUGUGUUUGAUGAAUCAAAGUAAAUAAAAUGAUACAUUUUGCAUUUUUACUCAUUGAAGUUGUACGACUUUGUGGAUAUGAAGAUGGCCUAAAAUACUUAUCAUGAUCAAAAUGACUGGUGUGCGGGGAGUAUGAGUGUACAAUCAGGGACGGGUAAACUAUAUGGGUGGUCAGAUGGAGUGAAUUUGCUGUAGACUCCAGCAGACGCUUUGCAAAUGUAGAGCACAUGAGAUAUAUAAUGCCAGGUCAUAGAUAUUUAGGUUGGAGAAGUAGAUGACAGAAGAAACCUGAAACUAAAUCACAUGUUUGAACAUUUCUGUGUGUGUUAUUUUAAGACUUAAGGGAUAUCUGUUUCAGAGAUGGUUAAAUUAUCUUUGGAUGAUGAAAGUCCAACCAUAAGCCAUAAGAAAUGGC